AAAAAACACGGAUAAACACAGGCUCUCGCUGUUUCCCAACUGCCUCAUCCUUUUCCUUCAACAAACAGCCCAGCCCGGAGCCUCCCGGGGCGGGAAUUGCUGGCACCGGGUGUCCCCGCACGGGGACGGGACAAUGCCGGGGACAGCGGUGCCACCGAGCCCUCGGGAAGUGCCACCGAGCCCUCGGGAAGUGCCACCGAGCCCUCGGGAAGUGCCACCUCGUGCUUCCCAAGGAUCCCAGGAGGAGGAAAAGCAGCUGAGCCCGAAUUUGAGGGGUUUCAGGCCUGAGCUUCAUCGUCAUCGUCAUCAUCUUCCUCUGUGCGCUGUGUGUGCUUCCCACCCACCCAGCCAUCCCAAAAAUCCCAAAAUCCCGCCGAGCCCGGCGCUUCCAUGGUGCGGGAAGGCGGCAUGGCGCGGACCCCCUACAGCUCCUCGCAGGACAUCCAGAUGGACGUCUUGGACAACGCCGCCCUCCAGGGCAAGUACAGCCGGCGCAAGAGCCGCUUCAAGCGCUCGGACGGCAGCACCUCCUCGGACACCACCUCCAACAGCUUCGUCCGCCAGGGCUCGGCUGAGUCCUACACCAGCCGCCCCUCGGACUCGGAUGUGUCGCUGGAGGAGGACAGGGAGGCGCUGCGCAGGGAGGCCGAGCGCCAGGCCAUGGCUCAGCUGGAGAAAGCCAAGACCAAGCCGGUGGCGUUCGCCGUCCGCACCAACGUGGGCUACAACCCGUCAGCCGGGGACGACGUGCCCGUGCAGGGCAUGGCCAUCUGCUUCGAGCCCAAGGACUUCCUGCACAUCAAGGAGAAGUACAACAACGACUGGUGGAUCGGGCGGCUGGUGAAGGAGGGCUGCGAGGUGGGCUUCAUCCCCAGCCCCGUCAAGCUGGAGAACAUGAGGCUGCUGCAGGAGCAGAAGAUGAGGCAGAACCGCCUGAGCUCGAGCAAAUCGGGUGACAACUCCAGCUCCAGCCUGGGCGAUGUGGUGACAGGGACACGCCGCCCCACCCCCCCCGCCAGCGGUGGCCUGGACAUGGCCAGCUUUGCCUUUGACCCCGAUGAGUUAGAGGAGGAGGAGGAGGAGGCCCUGGAGGCGCAGCGCUCCCCUAAGAGUAGCGUGAGCAGUGUCACCACCCCCCCCGCCCACAGCAAGCGCAUCCCCUUCUUUAGGAAGACCGAGCACGUGCCCCCGUACGACGUGGUGCCCUCCAUGCGCCCCAUCAUCCUCGUGGGGCCCUCCCUGAAGGGCUACGAGGUGACGGACAUGAUGCAGAAGGCGCUGUUCGACUUCCUGAAGCAUCGCUUCGAUGGCCGGAUCUCCAUCACGCGGGUCACAGCUGACAUCUCCCUGGCCAAGCGCUCCGUGCUCAACAACCCCAGCAAGCACACCAUCAUCGAGCGCUCCAGCACCCGCUCCAGCCUGGCCGAGGUGCAGAGCGAGACCGAGCGGAUCUUUGAGCUGGCCCGGACGCUGCAGUUGGUGGCCCUGGACGCCGACACCAUCAACCACCCUGCCCAGCUGGCCAAGACCUCGCUGGCCCCCAUCAUCGUCUACAUCAAAAUCACCUCCCCCAAGGUGCUGCAGAGGCUGGUGAAGUCCAGGGGGAAGUCCCAGGCCAAGCACCUCAACGUGCAGAUGGUGGCCUCGGACAAGCUGGCACAGUGCCCACCUGAGAUGUUCGACAUCGUGCUGGACGAGAACCAGCUGGAGGAGGCCUGCGAGCACCUGGCCGAGUACCUGGAGGCCUACUGGAAGGCCACACACCCGCCCAGCAGCAACCCCCCGAACCCGCUGCUGAGCCGCACCAUGGCCACGGCCGCGCUGGCCGCCAGCCCCGCGCCUGUCUCCAACCUCCAGGUACAGGUGCUCACCUCCCUGCGCAGGAACCUCAACCUCUGGGGCCGCCAGGCCACCCCCAGCCCCCCCGGAGCCCCCCUGGAGGAGCACGCGCUGUGAGGUGGCGGCGGGGACGCUGGGGACACCGGGGACAGCGGGACACGGGACAGCGGGGACACCCCGCAGCCCUCGGGAGAUCCCUGGGAUCGGGGACGGCUGGGGAGUCACAGCCACUCUGAGGUGUGGGAUUGUCCCUGGGGUCACCUGUCCUGGGAUCAGGGACAGCCUGGGGAGUCACAGCCCCCCAUAGGUGUGGGAUUGUCCCUGAGGUCACCUGUCCUGGGAUCAGGGACAGCCUGGGGAGUCACAGCCCUCCUGAGGUGUGGGAUUGUCCCUGAGGUCACCUGUCCUGGGAUCAGGGACAGCCUGGGGAGUCACAGCCCCCCACAGGUGUGGGAUUGUCCCUGAGGUCACCUGUCCUGGGAUCGGGGUCACCUCAGGGGAAUGUGACCCUUCACAGGUGUGGGAUUGUCCCCGAGGUCACCUGUCCUGGGAUCAGGGUGACUCCAGAGGAAUAUGACCCUUUUCAGGUGUGGGAUUGUCCCUGGUCCUGGGAUCGGGGUGACUCCAGAGGAAUGUGGCCUUCCCCAGGUGUGGGAUUGUCCCUGAGGUCACCUUCCCUGGGAUCAGGGUCACCUCAGGGCAAUGUGGCCCUCCCCAGUUGUGGGAUUGUCCCUGAGGUCACCUUCCCUGGGAUCAGGGUCACCUCAGGGGAAUGUGGCCCUCCCCAGGUGUGGGAUUGUCCCUGAGGUCACCUGUCCUGGGACAAUCAGACUCUCCACCCUGGGAUUGGGGCCACCCCUGGGGUUAGGGUCACCCCAUGGGACUGUGAUCCCCAGGUGUGGGGUCACCUGCCCUGGGGACCCUGGGAUCAGGGCAGCCCAUGGGAUUGGGGUCACCAUGGGGAAGCAGAGCCCCCCAGGAGUGGGACCAGCCCUGGGAUUGUUCCUUUGGGAACCUGUGCCCCACCCAGGGGGACUGCAGGGACUGUUCCUGGCAUUGGGGUCACCCCAGGGAGCUGCUCCCGUUCCUGGAUUGGGGCCAUCCCGGGGAUCUCUCCCUGCCUGGGACUGCUGCCAGCCCCACAUUUGGGGUCUCCUGGGAGUCGGUGCCUCCUCCUGGAGCUGCCCUGGAGAUUGGGGACCCCCAGGAUCGGCCCCUUUCAAGACCCACCCUGUGCCUUCCAGACCCCUUUCCCACACCUCUGGGGGAGCCGUGCUGGGGGAGAGGGUUUGGGGGUGUCCCUGGUUGGGUUGGGUGGGGGGCACAGCCCCAUCCCACCGUGUGAGCCGGGGCUCCUGCAGCCCCCCCCGGGGCUGGGGACAGACAGGGGACAGAGAGGGGACACGUGUCCUGUGUUGUCUGUCGCUAAAUCUCCCAGUGAGCCUGACUUGCUGGUGCUCCAUCCCCCUCCCCCGUGCUGCUCCCCCUCCCCAUUCCCCGCCCCGCUGCCAUCGUGUCACCCACCAGAGGCUGGCCAGGAGCGUGUGUCCCCCACUAACCCCCCACUAACGCCCCCCGAGUGACCCCAGCCCGUCCAUCCCCGCAUGGUGUGCUCGCUUCUCGCACCCAGGCUCCGCACCCGGAGGGGGAGCACGGCCGCCUCCGGCAGGGCCCGGGGGACUCGGGGGGCCGCGGGCAGGGCAGGGUCCCCCCGCCGCCCUCCCGCCCGGGCCCCCGCAGCCUGGCCCGCCAGGACACCUUCGACUCGG